CGCUCCCGAGCCCCCGAGCGCCCCCAGGAGCCUGGAGUCCGGUCCCCGCGAUGACCGGGGGAUUCAGCCGCCGAGAGCGCGGACGCCCGGGCGCCCCCCCCUAGCGGCCGGCGGGAUGGGCGGCGGCGGGUCGGCCCUGAGGGUCUGCGCCGAGCACCGCGGGGGCAUCAACUGGCUCAGCCUGAGCCCCGACGGGCAGCGCCUGCUGACGGGCAGCGAGGACGGCACGGCCCGGCUCUGGAGCACCGCGGACGGCCAGUGCUGCGCCCUCCUGCGAGGACACGAGAGCUACGUGACCUUCUGCCAGCUGGAGAACGAGGCUGCUUUCACGUGCAGCGCCGACCGCACCAUCAGGAAGUGGGAUGUGCUGACCGGGCAGUGCCUGCAGGUGUUCCGAGGACACACGUCCAUUGUGAACAGGAUCCUGGUCACCAACAACCAGCUCUUCAGCAGCUCCUAUGACCGGACAGCUCGCGCCUGGAGUGUGGACAAGGGGCAGGUGUCCCGGGAGUUCCGGGGCCACCGCAACUGCGUGCUGACUCUCGCCUACUCCGCCCCCUGGGACCUGCCCGGGGCUCCCUUCGAGGAGGAGGCUGUGGCCGGGGGGCUGCUGGUAACAGGCAGCACGGAUGGCACGGCCAAGGUGUGGCAGGUGGCUAGUGGCUGCUGCCACCAGACGCUGCGGGGCCACACGGGUGCCGUGCUGUGCCUUGUGCUGGACACGCCCAGCCACACGGCCUUCACGGGCAGCACGGACACCACCAUCCGCGCCUGGGACAUCCUGAGUGGGGAGCAGCUGCGGGUGUUCCGGGAGCACCAGGGCUCUGUCAUCUGUCUGGAGCUGGUGAACCAGCAUGUGUACUCGGGCAGCGCCGACAGGACCGUCAAGUGCUGGCUGGCGGACACGGGGGAGUGUGUGCGCACGUUCCCAGCCCACAGACACAGCGUGAGCGCCCUCAAGUACCAUGCGGGCACCCUGUUCACGGGCAGCGGGGACGCCCGCGCGCGCGCCUUCGACGCCGAAUCCGGAGCGCUCCAGAGGGUGUUCCGCGGCCACGCCUUCAUCAUCAACUGCAUCCAGGUGCACGGCCAGGUGCUGUACACCGCCUCCCACGACGGCGCGCUGCGGCUCUGGGACGUGCGCGGCCUCCCCCGCGCGCCGCCGCCGCGCAGCCUCUCCCGCCUCUUCAGCAACAAGGUGGGCUGCGCCGCCGCGCCCUUGCAGCCGGCCUGAGCCCGCGACACCCGCCACCCACGGACCCACCCAGAGACCCACAGAGGGAGCGCGCCCGUCCUCCCCUGGUGUCCGGAGGGCACAAGGUGGCGGUUUUGCCUUUCCCUUGUGUUCGUGGACGUUUGAAGCUCUCCCUGUCCACUGCG